CGUGAUUUUAGUCAUAAUAGUUACGGUUGAGGACUUUACAUUCCAUAUUUCACGGAACCGUUGUUUGUUUUAAGAUUUGAUAUGUUUGUGAAGCAUCAGAUACUACGAAAUAGUUAUCUCAUAUUGGGUGAAGCGAAAUGUCUCUAUCCGAGGAGGACUACAGUAACGUCGGGUAACGAGUGUGCGCGAAUGUGUCAUGUUGCAAAACAGCCGUUACUAGUUUGAGUUUUAAAAGUUUGUCGCGGACUGUGCUAAGUGUCGCCAAGUUUGUGAAGAAUAUGCAGCAGUAGCAGUAUUUAUCGAGUUGUGUCGUCCGUUAACGAUCAAUAACAAUGGGCAAUCAAGGAUCCUCGCCUCACGAACCUUUGGAUCGUGCGCAAGUGCAGAACGCCGAUCUUAAGAUGAAGUCGUCGGUCCGCAGCUCCCUGAGGCGGGCGCGCGCGGGCGCCGCGCUGUCGCCGCCGCGGAGCAUGGAGCGUCUGCGACGUUCCUUCCGCGAGUCCUUCCGACGACGCAAGGGUUCCCCGCCGGAGUCGGCGCGGCCGCACCAAUGGCACGCGGACGAGGCGGCGGUGCGCGCGGGCACCUGCACCUUCCCCGUCAAGUACCUCGGCUGCGUCGAGGUGUUCGAGUCGCGCGGCAUGCAGGUCUGCGAGGAGGCGCUUAAGGUGCUGCGGAACUCCCGUCGUCGUCCUAUCCGUGCGGUGUUACACGUGAGCGGAGACGGCCUGCGGGUGGUGGAAGAGGAGACGAAGGGCCUCAUCGUGGACCAGACCAUAGAGAAGGUGUCCUUCUGUGCGCCAGACAGAAACCACGAGCGCGGGUUCAGUUACAUAUGCCGCGACGGCACGACGCGUCGUUGGAUGUGUCACGGGUUUCUUGCGGGCCGCGACAGCGGGGAGCGACUGUCGCACGCGGUGGGGUGCGCGUUCGCCGCCUGCCUCGAGCGCAAGCAGCGCCGCGACAAGGAGUGCGCCGUCUCCAUGAGCAUCGACGCCGCCAGCCACGCCUUCACUAGACAGGGCUCCUUCCGCAAGUCAGGUAUAAUAAGUCGGCGCGUAUCGGAGGCGGACGCGCCGUCGCCCGCGCCCGCAGCUCCGCCCCCGCCCGCCAGCGCCCCGCCCCGCGCGCCGCACAACCCGUUCGCCGUGGAGCGCCCGCACGCAGCGCCGCACCUGCUCGAGCGGCAGGGAUCAUUCCGCGGGUUCGCGCAUCUUAAUAACAACUCGCCCUUCAAGCGUCAGAUGUCUCUCCGCAUUAGCGAAUUACCAUCGAACCUGGAGAGACAGCGCCUCGGGCUGCAGUCGCCGUCGAGCGCGCCCGCCGCGCCCGCGCUGCCGCCGCUACCCACCAUACCCGCCGCCAACCCCAUAACUAACCCCAUCACCAAUCCCAUCAAUCCUAUCAAUCCCAUUACUGAUACGUCUAACGAUUCGAGCAGCGAGGUGUGCAGCGACGCGGUGGCAGCAAUGUGUCAGCAGCUGUCAGUGGGUCUGCGGGCGCUGGCCGAGGAGCCGGUGGCGGGCGCGGGGCUGCCGCACCCCGACGCGUGGCUCGGCCGCGUCGCCCGCGCACCGGCGCUCUCCGCCGCCGCACGAGCUAACUCCUUCGCCGGACAACCUACCAACCCCUUCUUGACGCCUGCUCCGAUGUAAACGAGCUAUAUGUAACUCGCCAGUAGUAACUGUUACUUCAGUGAGCUGUAACCGUAACUCGCGAGCUGUAACACAAACUGUAAUAAACAUUGCUGAGCUCGUCUUAAUUUUGACAAGCUGUAGCUUGUUACCGUAACGCUUGACAGCCGUAACUAAUGUUUAGACUUUACAGCUACAGCUUGUUACUAUAAACAGGGGUAGGGGCUUUAUCAUACUCGAAGGUAAAAGAACUAUUAAGAGUUCGUUCCUAAUUUUCUAUAAAUCAUUGUAUUGCCUGUUUAAGGCAACUUAAUUCUUAAAGCAUACCUAUAUGCUGCGAAAUGAUAGGGAGAAAACGAGCGGUUAAGAAUUUAUUGUCCUAUAAAAUGGCAGACUAUUAACCAUUAUAUCAGGUUUUAAUUUUUCAGACACUGCGUUUUGGUGUCGAAUUUAUUAAAAAUUAAAGUCGUAAACAUGUGUCAACAUUAUAUAACAAUACUCAAAGUACAUUAUGUACUUAAUUGACUUCUCGAAGUGAAAUUCAUUCGAGAGUAUUCUGAAUGCGUGUACUUAACUUUGGCAACGAAAUAUGCUUUAUACGGCAUGCGUAUGACUUUGUCUUUGACUAACUUUGCAAUGCGUUUGCGAGUCAUUUUCGUCUUACUCGUUGUCAUUAUUCAAAGAAAUAAUGCAACAACGCCAAGUGACUGAUCUCAAGGAACAAGUUAAUACUACUUAAUUACUUUUAGUUCAUCUAAUCGGCUUUCCAAACAAAAUUAUUGACAGUGAACCGCACGUUGCGCGAAAAAAAAUUUAGUUUGAACUUCCAUUCAUUACUUUUUCAGGCGUUGAUGAUUGUUUUUUCAUUAUUAAAUGUUUAUCGAUUGUUACGAAUGAUUAUUAUAUCGAUUUUAUAAAAAUCUCGCAUGUGAAGUGUACAUAUUGUUUAAUGUAACGACUUAUGAAAAUGAUGACGAAAACUAUUUAAAAAUUCUUAAAUAGUUCCAAAGAUUUUUUGACAAAACACGGUGAUGAUUGUCACUAUAAUAAUUGGUCACUAAAGUGUACGCUUGAACUAGGCCAGAGGAGUCUAGAAAGGAAAGUGGUUGAAAGCUGCUCACUUGUCGUCCAAUUUAGUCUUCAAUGUCUAAUAUUAUCAAAAAUUUAUUGCACCUGUAGCAGUAUAAUGAGCACAUAAAUAUUUUUUACUCCUAAUAUAUUAGUGUACGACGUAAUCCAAACUGAAAAACAUAUUUUAGAUAUUAACAACUUAUACGGUUUCAAAUGUUUAUUGGACUAAACUACUUGAAUUAUAAACGUUUAUUCUUGACAUAUUAUUACGGCAAAUUAAAAGUAUAUUCAUAUAAUUAUAAUGCUAACUUGACAGUUUUGUCCUAUUGAAAAGUGCUUUGCGCUUAAAGAAUCGAAGUGACCAAGUCGAUUUACGUAAUGACUUUCCAAGUAAAUAUUUUAGGUAUAAUUUACUUCGCGUAGAACCUUCCAUCGUAUUAGACAUAAAGCGGCACAUCCACAGUUCUUUUAAUAUAUAUGCACCUUCAUAUACAUCCCAAACAGUGGUAAAAUCUAAAUAUAUUUUUGUUAAAAAGGAUAUUUUUCUAAAAUAUUCCUCCAGUCUUCAUACAGAAACCUUCCUCAAUAGACGAACAAGUUACUAAAAUUUGUGAUUUUUCUCGUGUCUUAAUGUGCUCAAGUUUGAAACGUUGUGAAUAGGACAUGCACACACUUGAGUAUUAAAUGGACUUAAAACGUUUAGGAAUUAUUUACAUACACUGUUUAGUAGUCACUAACACUGGUUAGCAGUCACGUUUAGGCCAUAGAGAUGGGCGCUAGACUUAACUUUACAUAAUGUACAAUGUAAUAAGUAUCGUACUUAAUAGUGAGGUGCACUGCGCUUACUCUGCACUCGAUGUUGUUCGAUAGAAAUACGUAAACUGCAUCGAUGUACUAUAUUUAAAGAUGUCGCAUUCCGU